AUGGCGUCUCGAUUGGCUCUGUCCAGGCACGCGCCCGCCGUGCUGCGCUCCCUGAAACGCCCUGUAGCGCCCGUCUUCGCGCGCGCCUAUGCCACGGCCGGUGUCGGCGAUAGCGCGCUCUCCAACGCCCGCCGCCAGCAGCAGCAGCUCUCCCACGCCGAUCCCGCCGCCGACUCGGGCAGCGCCACGCUCGUCGGGCAGCACGCGCCGUACAUGGUGGCGACGUAUGCGCGGCCGCCGCCCGUCUUCGUCCGCGGCGCGGGCAGCUACCUCUACGACGUCGACGACCGCGCGUACCUCGACUUGACGGCGGGCAUCGCCGUGACGGCGCUCGGCCACUGCGACCCCGAGUUCACGGCGCUGCUCGCCGAGCAGGCCGCGACGCUCGUGCACGCCUCCAACCUGUACUACAACCCCUGGACCGGCGCGCUGUCCAAGCUGCUGGUGGACAGGACCCGGGCGUCGGGCGGGAUGCACGACGCGGCGCGCGUGUUUGUGUGCAACUCGGGCUCCGAGGCCAACGAGGCCGCCAUCAAGUUUGCGCGCAAGGUCGGCAAGGUGCUCGACCCGGCCGGCGCCAAGACGCACGUCGUCUCCUUCACCAACGCCUUUCAUGGCCGCACCAUGGGCGCCCUCUCGGCCACGCACAACCCAAAGUACCAGCUGCCGUUUGCGCCCAUGGUCCCCGGCUUCCGCCAGGGCACGUACAAUGACGUGGCCGCCAUUGACGCCCUCGUCACGGACCAGACGUGCGCCGUGCUCGUCGAGCCCAUCCAGGGCGAGGGCGGCGUGCAGACGGCCAGCGAGGCGUUUCUCGUCGCCCUCGCCCGCCGCGCCCGCGCCGUCGGCGCCGUCCUCAUCUACGACGAGAUCCAGUGCGGCCUCGGCCGCACCGGCCAGCUCUGGGCCCAUGGCCACCUCCCGCGCGAAGCCCACCCGGAUAUCCUCUCCACCGCAAAGGCCCUCGGCAACGGCUUCCCCAUCGGCGCCGUCAUUGUCAAUGACGCCGUCGCCGACAAGAUUGUCGUCGGCGACCACGGCACCACCUUUGGCGGCAACCCGCUCGCCUGCCGCCUCGCACACCACAUGGUCACCAAGCUGUCCGACCCCGCCCUGCACGCCGACGUCCGCGCCAAGUCGGACAUUUUCCGCGCAGGGCUCGCCAAGAUUCGCGAGCGCUUCCCGGACCUCGUCAAGGAGAUCCGCGGCAAGGGCCUCAUUCUCGGCCUGCAAAUGACCGAGGACCCGACCCCCGUCAUCAAGGCCGCGAGGGAGAGGGGUCUGCUGGUGAUUACGGCCGGCACAAACACCCUGCGCUUCGUGCCCAGCUUGAAGAUUUCUGAAGAGGAGAUUGGCAUUGGCCUGGGCAUUCUAGAGGAGGCUAUUGCUGCGACGAGGAAGUAG